GAGCACCAACUCAAGAUUUACACAAGAAAAAACGGCUUUAAAUUAAGACAAACUGCGCCGACGUUGUGCUUGAAACCUCCACACCCUUCAGUGUUGCUGAAUGAAGAAGUGAAUCAUCUUUGAUCGCAGUCAUGACUGUCCAGACUGGCAUCCAGGUGUGGUUCGGCGAGAAGUUCGAUGCCCCGUUGCGCAGCCCCAGGAGCCCCAGGAGCCCUCGUAGCCCGUUGGCACAGCGGCACGGCCCCGGCCUCGCAGACGUCUUCCAGUAUGACCAGUGGUUGGCAGUGCGACACGAAGCCACCCUGGUGCCCAUGCAGGAGGAUCUGGCCAUCUGGCUCAGCGGCAUGCUGGGCGAGGAGGUGAGAGCAGAGUUUUUCAUGGAGGAGCUGAACAACGGCGUGAAGCUGUGCCAGCUUAUCGGCGUGCUGCAGACGAAGAUCGCCCAGAGUUGCCCCUCCGCUCUCUGCAAGCUGUUCCCCACGAGGAAGAUCGCAUGCAAGCGGGACGCCUCUCCAGGUUCCUUCUUCGCUCGAGACAACACAGCCAACUUCCUGGCCUGGUGCCGCUACGUCGGCGUGGAGGAGACAUACCUGUUUGAGUCGGAGGGCCUCGUGCUGCACAAGGAGCCUCGGCAAGUCUGCCUCUGCCUCCUGGAGAUCGGCCGCAUCGUCUCCAAGUACGGCGUGGAGCCCCCUGUGCUGGUGAAGCUGGAGAAGGAGAUCGAGCUGGAGGAAACUCUGCUGUUGACGGAGGAGCCGCCUCCGGCCGUCAAAACCUUCAGCGUGUGCUGCCAGCACGGCGGCCUCUACCAGCCCGGGGAGCACGGCCUGGACGACCCACCCUGCAACUGUGCCAACAGAGUCUCCAUUGAGUACCUGUCUGAGGGACGCUACAGACUGGGAGACAAGACCCUCUUUAUUCGGAUGCUUCAUGGGAAACAUGUGAUGGUGCGCGUCGGCGGCGGCUGGGACACACUGCGAGGCUUCCUGAUGAAGUACGACCCUCUGCGAGUGCUGCAGUUCACCACUCUGGAGCAGAAGAUCCUGGCCUUUCAGAAAGGCCCCCCCGGCCUGGGAGGUCACCAUGGCAAUGCAGCUCCGCCCCGUCCUCCAGACAUGGACCCCCUCGCCGCUGUCAACGACCUCAUCUCUUCCUCGUCAUCCUCUUCCUCCUCCACCUCGUCAUCCUCUUCCUCCUUCGGCUCGGCCUGUAAGACGGCGACUGUGACCGCCACGGGUCAGACGUGUCGUUCGUAUGCCGCUUCCCCGGUCUGCACGCCCACGUUGCCCAGAAAAGGCACUGCGUCAGCGCCCAAGAAGAACCUGCAGGGGACACCUUCCUCCCCAGGAAGCCCAACCAGCUUCCCCUGCCCAUGACAACCACCAAAGCUUCCUCCUCUCUGCCCUCCACGCCUGUGGGAAGCUCCAAACAGCCUCCCAGCCCAGGGUGUCAGGGUGGGCAGGUCCA